CAGUAAAGAAAGAAAAUAAAGAAGAAAAAUGUAUAUUUUAAGCGUCUUCCUUUGAAAUUAUCAUUAUCCAAAAAACAACACGAAACAAUAAGCAGAAAAUCAGAGUUAGGAAUAACAUGGUGAUGAGUGUUCAAUUUCAACCAUCAGCAUGUUUAUGGACUCCAAACUCUCCAUCUCCACAAAUUUCUGGAAAAUUUCUUCCCAACCGUCGAAGACUCUCCACAUCAUCUCUCGCCGCCACACCAACACUCUCAUCUCAAUCUCCCACCAUUCAGAUAAUUGGCAACAACACAUUUGAUGGUAACCUAGGAAAGACUGAUCUUUGGACUGACAUUGACACUGAUCUUUAUCACUGGACAAAGGUUUUGCGCCCGGUGCAGUGGUUUCCUGGGCAUAUUGCAAAGGCGGAAAAGGAACUGAAGGAACAGCUUAAGUUGAUGGAUGUUGUUAUAGAGGUUCGGGACGGUCGUAUUCCGUUAUCCACAAGUCAUCCACAGAUGGAUCUAUGGCUUGGUAAUAGAAAGAGAAUUAUGGUUUUAAAUAGAGAAGACAUGAUAUCAACUGCAGAUCGAAAUGCUUGGGCAGAAUAUUUUACUAAGCUUGGAACAAAGGUUGUCUUCUCCAAUGGGCAGCUUGGAAUGGGCACUAUGAAGCUAGGCCGGUUAGCAAAGGAAUUAGCAGCUGAUGUAAACGUUAAGCGGAGAGCCAAAGGACUACUUCCUCGUCCGGUUCGAGCUGGAAUAGUUGGAUACCCUAAUGUUGGAAAAUCAUCUCUGAUCAACCGUUUGUUAAAGCGAAGAAUGUGUGCAGCAGCUCCAAGGCCAGGAGUUACAAGAACAUUGAGGUGGAUUCGAUUUGGGAAAGAUCUUGAAUUGCUGGAUUCUCCCGGGAUACUUCCAAUGCGAAUCAGUGACCAGUCAGCCGCUAUAAAACUUGCCAUAUGUGAUGACAUUGGAGAGAAAUCCUAUGAUGUGGCUGAUGUUGCUGCAAUUCUCGUACAAAUGCUUACAAAGCUUCCAGCUGUAGGUCGAGAUGUACUUUGUAAACGAUACAAGUUUCACGUAGACAGUGAAUGUGGUAAAAUAUUCGUAGAGAAGCUCGCGCUACAUUUGUUCAAUGGCGAUGUUCAUCAAGCAGCAUACCGUGUCCUGUCAGAUUUUAGAAAAGGUAGGUUUGGUUGGACUGCACUGGAGAGGCCUCCUAGGUGAUGUCAAAUAUUUGCUUUUAGAAGCAACAAUCUUUGAAGCUAGAAUUGAAAAUUAUGCCGGAGAUUUCUAGGACCAGACUGAAGAACUCGUCGAGUCACUCUCCCAUGGCGAUAUUCUAGGAUUGUGAAAUGGCAUCAUGAAAAGUAAAGGUCAUGAAUUUUCUUGGAAGAUUUGAGGCACACUAAACAAAGGAUUUGAACCAAUAGAUGCUUAUUACAAUGUAACUAUUUUUUGGUCUCCUGUGUAUGUAUACAACGACCUCAUUUAAUGGGAUAAGACUUGAUUGUUGUUGUAUGUGUCUGUAUAUAACUCGUGUUGUGACUUAUGAUAUGAUAUGCAUCAUACUAACAGUAUUAUUGUGUA